CGCAGUGGCGGCGGGGCCAUGGCGGCGGUGGCAUCGCCGCUGCCCCCGGCGGCGCCGGCGCCCCCUGGCGGUGCCGCGGGGCCCCCCGAGGGGAGCGAGGCGCUGCUGGUGGCGCUGGGCGCGGGGCUCGCCGCCGCCAGCCACCCCCUGCUCUACGUGAAGCUGCUCGUGCAGGUCGGGCAUGAGCCACUACCUCCAACCAUUGGAAGAAACGUGCUGGGAAGGAAAGUCCUUUACCUGCCCGGCUUCUUCACCUAUGCCAGACACAUUGUGGAAGUGGAUGGGAAGAGAGGCCUCUUCCGUGGUCUUACUCCUCGCCUCAUCUCAAGCACUUUAUCAACCAUCACCAGGGGGAGUGUGAAGAAGGCCUGUCCACUGGAAGACAUGGAGCACGUUUCUAACAAGGAUGAUGUGAAGACCUCCCUUAGGAAAGUGGUGAAAGAGACCUCCCAUGAGAUGAUGAUGCAGUGCAUGUCCCGUGUUGUCUCGCAUCCGUUGCACGUGAUCUCUAUGCGCUGCAUGGUUCAGUUCAUAGGCCGGGAAGUCAAGUACAGUGGUGUGUUCAGUGCCAUUGGCAGGAUACUUAAGGAAGAAGGGAUCCUGGGAUUCUUUGUGGGUUUAGUUCCUCACAUCCUGGGGGACGUCAUCUUCCUCUGGUGCUGCAACCUGCUGGCUCACUUCAUCAACACCUACGCUGUGGAUGAUAACUUCAGCCAGGCAUCGGUGAUCCGGAGCUACACCAAGUUCGUGAUAGGGAUUGCUGUGAGCAUGCUGACGUACCCAUUCCUUCUCGUGGGAGAUCUCAUGGCAGUGAACAACUGUGGGUUGCUUAUAAUUUUAGAUCAGAGGAUACAGCCAAGAGCAGCACAAAAGCUCAAGUGGAGCGAAACGGGGAGUUGUGGUGGUGUGGCCCAGUCUGAAGUAGACUGGAGGCAGGAGGGAUCAAAGGGAUUGUGCUGGGGAGCAGCACGAGGGAAAGCAAAGCUGCACACAGCAAUGGGUGCAGACAGGGGCACGACCAAGCUGGCUUUCUCAGUCCCAUUGCUACAAGACAUGUUCUGCAUUCAUGCUUGUGGGAAAGAGACUGGAUCCAAGGUGCUGGUGUGGUGUUUUCCAAGUAUCUGCCGGCUCUUGAAGGUGUAGAUACAGUGCAUAGUCCUGGAUUAAUGCGUGCAGGUAACACUCCAGGGGUAAUUAAAUCACAUGAUCUGUUGCAUUGUAAAUAAUGAGCCGGUCGUUUGGCCUUCAGCCCAGUGCAGACACUGUUCUGUGUCCUCACUUA